AUGCUAGACAACAAGCACAUUGCGGAGAAACGUCUUUCACAAGUCACGAGGCGUCUAACCAAGUCACAAGGGUUAAUGGCGAGAUACGACGCAGCCAUACGUGAAUAUCUUGUCUCUGGAGUAGCAGAAAAGGUUACCCAGGAAAUGGAUCAGGCCCAAAAUGCAGCACACAUAUACUACAUGCCGCAUCACGCAGUCAUCAGGGAGGAUCGAAUAACUACAAAGAUGAGGAUCGUCUUCGACGCAUCCUCUCAUGAAGCUGGCACCAGCUCGCUCAAUGAUAAUCUGAACGCGGGCCCCAACCUAAAUCCGGAUAUCAUGCCACUACUUAUGAACUUCCGCCUUUAUCCAGUAGCCUUGGUAUCGGAUGUACAGAAGGCAUUCCUACAGAUCGCCAUACACGAGGAUGACAGAGACGCGCUUAGGUUGCUGUGGUACAGCACCACGCCGGUAGACGGCCAGCUAGUGCCUAACGUUGAAACGUGGCGCAUGACUAGGGUGACUUUCGGCACGGCCCCUAGCACGUUCCUCCUGGCAGCCACGUUACAGCACCAUAUCCAGCGGCACGCCAGUGAGCAUCCGAGACUAGCAAGGAUACUUGAAAAUUCCAUUUACGUGGACGACGUCAUUUUUGGUGCGGCGAACGAGGAGGAGGCAGAGGAGAUGUACACCGAAACCUUACAGCUGUUUGGAAAGGCUUCCAUGAAGCUCCAAAAAUGGGGUUCGAACAGUUAUGCGAUGCGCGAGAAGUUUAAGUCAGAACCGGAUGCUGUUUUGAUUGGAAACACAACGAAAGUACUUGGCAUUCCUUGGAACCAGGAGCAGGAUACGCUGUCUCUACCACUUGACUUCCACCGCACAUCAGGAGAGUACAACGGCAUGACCACGAAACGACAGGUGCUGCGCUCUGUGGCACAAAUAUAUGACCCAUUGGGCUUCAUCCUUCCGUACACCGUCACCGGAAAGAUGCUCCUACAGGAAAUCUGGAAGCACGGGUUGGAGUGGGAUGCUCCGCUACCAGAUGAUAUCGCUCGUAAAUGGGGCGCUUGGCACAACGAGCUCCAGGAUCUCAAAGACAUUGAAAUACCACGUUGUUACUUACCGGACAUGAGCACUGAGAUCCAGCCACAGCUACACUUUUUCUCUGAUGCUAGCCCCGGCGCGUACGGUACCGUUGUUUAUCUACGUCUCGGCGGCUGCGCGGACGGAUACAAAACACAACUGAUCGCAGCAAGAUCAAGAAUAGCACCAGUGAAGGAGGUUACUCUAGCUCGUAUGGAACUACUUGGUGCGCUGAUGUCAGCUCGUCUCGCCAGCUACUUGCGGGACAAUUUCAAGCUCACCACCUCAGAUUUCUUUUGGACAGAUUCAAUGAUUGCUUUGCAAUGGAUACGAGGGGACGCAAACCGCUGGCCGCAGUUUGUGCGCAACAGGGUCACAGAAAUUCAACAGAAGGUAGAGAAAGAUCGAUGGAGAUACGUGGGAACAGAAGCAAAUCCAGCCGACUUGUUGACGCGAGGAACAAGUCCCAAGAAAUUGCUUCAGUCCAAGCUGUGGUGGAAAGGACCAUCAUGGCUGGCGCAAUCUGAUGACAAAUGGCCAUCUCCUGAAGUCAAUGAGAUGACACGCACUCACGUUCAUAAAGAGCAGGUUGUGCUCCAAACCAUCGCACCAUCGUGCUCGGAUCCAGUGAUGGAUCUGGGACGAUUCAGCAAUGUCAAUAACCUCCAUCGUGUAACAGCGUGGAUAAUUCGAUUCACCAAGAACUCCAGAGGAAUAGGUCGGAUCAACGGUCCCUUAAGCGCUAGUGAGAUUCAACAGGCCGAACGCUACUGGGUAAGGCAAGAACAAGAAUCUGCAUUCGCGGACGAAAUCAGCGCACUCGGAAGCAACAAUGCACUUAAGCGAACAUCGAAGUUGAAAGAUCUAAGGCCAUUUAUUGACGACGACGGCAUCCUCAGGCUUGGAGGACGAAUGGGUGGUAGUCGUCAAACAUUUUCGGAAUGUCAUCCAAUCAUACUGCCAACUCACUCGCAUUAUGCUCGCCUUUUAAUUUUACAGUCCCAUCGACAAGUUUUCCACUGCGGAGUGCGUGACACUUUAGUGCAGCUACGCGAAAGGUUCUGGAUACUCCGAGCACGCCAACAAGUCAAGCGAAUACUACGAGGUUGCGUGACAUGCAGAAGAAACGACGCAAGGCAUCUGACACAACCUGAUGGCCAACUUCCACCUGACAGAGUGACGAUGAGUCAUCCCUUCGAGGUCACCGGCAUCGAUUUUGCGGGACCAGUAAUGUUGAAGCGAAGGAGGAACUACCACAAGGGCUACAUUGUCCUCUUCACUUGUGCCGUCACAAGGGCUGUGCACCUAGAGCUGUGCGAGGACAUGUCGGCGAUCAAGUUCUUGCAAGCCUUCCGAAGAUUUACAGCUCGUAGGGGAAUCUGCCAAACCAUCUACUCGGACAAUGCCUUGACGUUCAAAAAGGUCGCAAGAGAAAUUCGGGACAUACAGAGGAUCUUAACGGACCCACUGGUGCAGGACUAUUCUUCACGUAACGGAAUCCGCUGGAAAUUCAUACCGGAGCGCGCACCAUGGUGGGGUGGCUUUUAUGAAAGACUGAUAAGAUCCGUAAAAUCAGCAUUGAGGAAAACCCUGUCCAGGAACGUCGUAGACUUCAUCGAAAUGCAAACUCUGCUGGCUGAGGUGGAGGCGAUGAUGAACUCAAGACCUAUAACCUUUGUUUACAACGAAAACUCCGAGCCGACACCACUCACUCCAGCAACCAUGAUAAUGGGAAGACGUCUACUCGCACCACCAUCGACGGAAUCCACCACAUCGCGGAACACAAUCCAUGACUCAUCGUCCACGAAGAUAAGGGAGACAUGGAAAAGACAGCUGCACUACCUCAAUACAGUAUGGAAUAGGUGGCAGCAAGAAUACCUCUCGGAACUACGUUCUGCAUACCACUCCAAAGGGACAAACGACUGCGACGUUCGAACCGGAGAUUUAGUUCUCGUCAAAGAGCCCAACUGUCCCAGGCUUCAAUGGAAAAUGGCCCUCGUUGAGAAAGUUUUCACAGGUUCAGAUGGACGAGUUAGGGUAUGUCUGAUUAGGACUCCUGGUAGAACGAUACUCAGGAGACCCGUCCAGCACCUCUACAAGCUCGAGUCACAAGAAAAAUAG